AAAAUGAAUGAAGACCUGAAGGUCAAUGUAAGCGGGCUGCCUCGGGAUUAUUUAGAUGCCGGAGCUGCGGGGAACGUCUCGGCUGCUGUCUCUUCCCAGGUUCCUGGCGUGGAGCCGGAGCCAGAGCUGGUUGUCAACCCGUGGGACAUUGUCUUGUGUACCUCGGGAACCCUUAUCUCCUGCGAAAAUGCCAUCGUGGUCCUUAUCAUCUUCCAUAACCCCGGCCUGCGGGCACCCAUGUUCCUGCUGAUAGGCAGCCUGGCGCUUGCAGACCUGCUGGCGGGCAUUGGACUCAUCGUCCAUUUCCUUUUCGCCUGCCUGCUGCAGUCAGAAGCCACCAAGCUGGUCACCGUCGGGCUGAUUGUCGCCUCUUUCUCUGCCUCUGUCUGCAGCCUGCUGGCUAUCACUGUUGACCGCUACCUCUCCCUGUAUUACGCUCUGACCUACCACUCGGAGAGGACGGUCACGUUUACCUAUGUCAUGCUUAUCACGCUCUGGGGGACGUCCGUCUGCCUGGGACUGCUGCCCGUCCUGGGCUGGAACUGCCUCCAAGACGAGUCCACCUGCAGCGUGGUCAGACCCCUCACCAAGAACAACGCCGCCAUCCUCUCCAUCUCCUUCUUCUUUAUGUUUGCACUCAUGCUUCAGCUCUACAUCCAGAUCUGUAAGAUCGUGAUGAGGCACGCCCACCAGAUAGCCCUGCAGCACCACUUCCUGGCCACCUCGCACUACGUGACCACCCGGAAGGGGGUCUCGACCCUGGCCAUCAUCCUGGGGACCUUUGCUGCCUGCUGGAUGCCUUUCACCCUCUACUCCCUGAUAGCUGAUUACACCUACCCCUCCAUCUACACCUAUGCCACCCUCCUGCCCGCCACCUACAACUCCAUCAUCAAUCCCGUCAUAUAUGCUUUCAGAAACCAGGAGAUCCAGAAAGGCCUCUGCCUCAUCUGCUGCGGCUGCAUCCCGUCCAGCCUCUCGCAGAGAGCGCCGUCCCCCAGCGACGUGUAGCAGCACUCCACUUCGGAGCCUGCGUUACCAAGCACCCCCACGGCCUGGCCAGGCCGUUGCGAUGCUCUCCUUAAAUUCUUUCUGUUGGAUUCUCUCUUGAGCCACAGGAGCACUUUGAAGCGU